ACUGUACGUAGUAGACAGAAUUCUAUAUAUGAAAAUAUGAUUCGAUCUCUGUUUGUGAUCAGUUCAGCUGACACCCCCGGAUAAAGUUGAUGUCCAACAAACACCAGAGGUUUUCAACAUCACCUGGAAAAAUAUGUAUAAAGGCCAUAGGCACAUUGGCGAUUUCCUCGACUACGAAGUCCUCCUCGAGAAAUCUUCCAACAGUGAGAGCAAGAAACUUCCCACCCGUGAGAACUUUGUAUCGAUUCCACGGAUACAACUUGAAGCCCAUGCUACAUACUGCACUCGAGUGAGGUCUCAGGUGAAUGUGAGAGAUUUUAAAGCCAAUUGGAGUGAAUGGAGUCCACAGAUAUGCUGGAAAAACAAAGUGCAAGAAGAACAAGAAAACAUCAUGAUAACUUUGACCAAAUUUCUGGUCCCGGUGUGCGUGGCUGUGGGAGUUCUGGUAUUUGUGUUCCACAGCCCCGCUGCAAGAAUGAAGAUUAAAACUCUGUCCCACACGCCGUCGCCCGCUCCUUUCUUUCAACCUCUGUUUCAGCAGCAUGAAGGAAACCUCAAGGAAUGGCUCUCACCGCAAGGUGAAUUUGCACUUCCGUAUAAAACUGACGAGAUAUUGAUGAACGAUGGUGUGACCGUUGAACCAAAACCCGAACCCAAGGACCCAGAGGAGAACCAGGACGUCCACAUCACUGCAGUGACACAACUGAUAUUUCCUCAAUGUCCAACCUCCUACGUGGGCUUACCUGGGAUGCCCGUGGCGCCCCAGCCGGUAACCACUUUCCAUCCUGCAGGGGACACUUCUUACACUCGGCUCCCCGGCCCUGUCUGGGGUUGCAGCAUAGGGGAAGUGAUGCUGCCGCCGCCUCAGGACGUCUUCGAGAGCAGCUGCACUGACUCUGGCUGCAGCUGCGACGACCUGACCCCGAGCCCAGAGUGCAGUUUACCAGACAGCCCAGUUGAGGCCAGUUCGCCGCCACGUUACUGUAAAGAUUACUGCAUCCUCAACAAAACAGCAGAGGGUGUGGUUCCUGUUUUAGUGUCCAGAUGAAAGAAGAGCACAUAUAUUCCAUCUGAUCCACAGCAUGAGGACGAGAGCUUGAAAUGUUAAAACCUGUUCCCUGGUGGCACGGAUCACAGCGGCUGGUUAUUUCAGGAGAGGGUCAGAAUCAGGCCUUUAUGCAUUUUGCCAAACUAUGUUGUAUUUGCCUUGUUUGUAUUUUAUGUCCAGUUAUACUUGUUGGGCAUUCUUUCCACAUUGAAGCUGAUAACUAUGAAAUCUGACAUCUUGUCCGGGGGGCCGAGGGUUUAUAGAGGAAGGAUGACAGUGGGCAAAAGUAGGGACAUCCUGAAAAGUGUGGAAUCAACACCGAUGCUCAGCGUCGACUCACCAGACCAUCGCCCACAUCUUCUGUGGGAGCCCACUGGUCCCAUUAGCUUUGACUCCUGAAGGAGACAAACAACUGGCGUGAUAAGACAUGAUGAUGAUUAGUUUGGGUUUUUUGGGCUUGAGAAAAAUACUUUUAGAUAAUUGCCGGGUCGUCCUCCACCUUCCAAUUAUUGAAAUGUUGAUGAAAGUGUCAAGUGUUUUUCUUCAGGGAGGGCAAAAGGCACUGCUCUUAAAAUAAAGGGGAUGAAGCAGGUGCUCCUGAUGUGCUGUACAUAAUAAAGAGCAAUUCAAACACAUGAAUGUUUCUCUAUUAAACUUUGUUUGUUCUCAACCAGUUCUUGUAUAUAUGUU